UAAUCAACUUCAACAAUAAUCAACUUCAACAACUUCAACUUGUGGUUCAACAAUAACAACACCGUCUAGCAGUUGACCUGACCCCUCAGACAUGGCUGGUUCAUUAGGUCGUAACACUCUUCUUAUAGGUCAAUGUAUCGCUCAUAACACAAAAAAUGCCGCCAAAGUUAGAGUAAAACGACUUAACUUGGAUAAUAACCUAAAUAUGUACUUCCCCACCCAGAAGAGCUACUUCAUCCACGACCCUGAGGAACAGUGUAAGGUUGGAGAUGUUGUAUUGAUCAAGGAACUACCAGAGAAGAUGACAAAGUUGAUCUCCCACUCGCUGGUGAAAAUGGUGUACAAGUUUGGUGACGUGACAGAUCCCAUCACAGGCAAGAAGGUGUACAAUCAUCACUAUAGGGACCAGUUGAAGGAAUAUAAUGAGAUGUUUGGGGUGGCUGAAGAUGGCUCAGGUGGCUUUGAUUACUCUCAGGCACCGGACAGAGGCUGGCAGGAAGGCAAGAAGGACUUCACUCAUAAGAUUGGUUAUAAGAAGUGGCAUGAAUUCGAGCCCGGUCACCCUCUACACGAUGAUCCCGUCGCUAGCUAAGUUUUCUUUGUGCGUAUUUUUAAAACCAUUUUUUGUACAGCAUUUGUUUGGGGGCGUUGAAUUAAAUUGAAUGUAGUAUAAAUUGUACAAAUACACUUUCCAGACUUUA